CUGGAGGAGGAGGAGGGGCGGCGGCCUACGGCAGCCGGUGUACGCUCCGGGAGCAGGAGCAACCAGUUGCCCGGGUGGUGUACUCCCCGAGUGGCAGGAGAGCACAACGCGACGGCGGCGGCGGAGACCCUUGUUGCGCUGGAUUCGCAUCGCCGCGGGAGCAACAUCGCUCAGCAGCAUGUGUCGGCGGCGGCGGUUGCGAAGCUCGUGCUCGGUGACAGUGCGCGGUCCCUGGACGCGGCGGCGGUAGCCCGCCAUGGAUUCUCGGUGGUCCGCAUCAGGAGGCGACCUGGGCCACAGCAACUGGAGGGAGGACACCGUGAUGUCCAAGAAGGAGUCGCGGGCCGCCCGGAGCCCGGACGACGGCAGCUAGCCAUGGCCACCACCGCGAUCGCCCUUCCCCGCGCGCGUACUUGUGCCACCCCUAUUAUUUCUCUACUCGUGUGCUCGUGCGCGUUGUUGCUACUACUGCUACUGCUGCCCGUGGCCCGCGCGUCGGGCUUCUUCGAGCUCCAGGUCCUGGGCAUCGACAACCCCGGUGGACUACUGCUGGACGGCGGGUGCUGUGGUUCGCGAUGCCCCGGUCGCUGCAACACGUACUUCCGACUCUGCCUCAAGGAGUACCAGGCGCAGGUGGACCUCUCCGGAGCGUGCACGUUCGGCAACCUCACGUCUCCGCUCAUCGGCGGCAGCUCGUUCUCGCUGCAGACGCACCCGGACCGGCAGCUCCUGCUCAGGUUGCCCUUCCACUUCCGAUGGACGAGAUCGUUCACGCUCAUCCUGGAGGCGCUACAUCACAACAACUACACUGAACCCUACGUGGACCGGCCCAUCGAGCGGCUCGCCUACUCGGGCCUGGUGCUGCCCAGCGAGGAGUGGCACACGCUGCGGCACCCGGGCCGCGCCGCUCAGCUCUCGUACCGCAUACGCGUGACGUGUGCCGCAAACUACUACGGGCCCAGCUGCUGGACCCUCUGCAAGCCGCGGGACGACCGAUUCGGCCACUACCGGUGCGCGCGCGACGGCUCCAAGCAGUGCCGGCCGGGAUGGACGGGCUCCACGUGCGAGACGCCCGUGUGCCGCCGAGGAUGUCAUCCCGUGCACGGUUACUGCGAGCGACCCGGAGAGUGCGUCUGCCGACCGGGCUGGAGGUCCGAGCUGUGCGACCACUGCGCCCCUUACCCCGGAUGUCGGCACGGAUACUGCAACAACACGCCCUGGCAGUGCAUCUGCGACCUCAACUGGGGCGGCAUCCUGUGCGACCAGGACCUCAACUACUGCGGCACCCACGAGCCGUGCAUGAACGGAGGCACCUGCGAGCACACGGCGGGAGCGCAGCGGUACCUGUGCCGCUGCCGGCCUGGCUUCUCCGGCACCAACUGCGAACUGGGCCGCGGUGCGCAGGGCUGCCUGCCGGCCGCGUGUCUAAACGGCGGAAGCUGCGUCCAGCGCAACGGCACCUGGGCGUGCGCAUGCGCGCCAGGCUGGACCGGAUAUAGAUGCCAGGAUCUGAGCGGCUGCCUGGCGCGUCCGUGCCAGAACGGCGGCGACUGCGUGGCGUCGCCGCAGCCUCCGGGUUUCCGGUGCAUCUGCCCCGUGGGCUAUGGAGGUGCGCGCUGUGAGCGGGACGAGGACCCGUGCCACCCGAACCCGUGCGCUCACGGUGCCUCCUGCUUCAGCCUGGGCGCGCACGACUACUACUGCCACUGCACAGACCGCUACCAGGGCAAGAACUGCACGCAGGACCGACCGUGCGGCGAUCCCGGAGGCCAGCCGUGCUCGUCCCCGGCUUCCCUGCAGGGCUGCGCGGCCGUCGAAGAACAUGGCGGCGGUGCCUCGGUGUGCGGCCCGCACGGCCGCUGCGUCGCCAGUGGCAGUGCGCCGGCAACCACGUCGAGCUGCGUGUGCGACGCCGGAUACACGGGCCGCUACUGUCACGAGAACAUCAAUGACUGUGCUCAUCAACCAUGCGUAAACGGAGGGACCUGUGUGGAUGCAGUCAACAGCUACAAAUGCAUCUGCCCGGAAGGAUGGGAAGGCCCACACUGUAGCAAAAACCGAGAUGAAUGCCAGCCGAAUCCAUGCCACAACGGAGGCAGAUGCACAGACCUCAUUGCCGACUUCCUUUGCGAGUGCCAGGGACAAUGGAAAGGAAAGACCUGCAACCUCCGUGAUUCUCACUGUGACAGCGACACAUGCCUCAAUGGUGGCACCUGCGAAGACAUCGGUGACACUUUUGUCUGUCACUGCCCGGAAAACUACCAUGGUCACACGUGUCAAAUCGCCAAAGUCAAUGGCUGCGAGUCCAACCCGUGCCAGAACGGAGCCACGUGCGUCAACAGUGGCCGCGGUUUCUCCUGCAUGUGCAGGGAAGGUUUCGAAGGACCACUCUGCCAACAAAACGUGGAUGACUGUGCUUCUUCGCCCUGCCACAAUGGCGGCCGCUGCAUCGACGGUGUCAACUGGUUCCGCUGUGAAUGCGCGCGUGGCUUUGCCGGGCCCGACUGUCGCAUCAACGUGGACGAGUGCGCUUCGAAUCCGUGUGCCCCGGGCAGCGUCUGUGUGGACGCCAUCGGAGAUUUCGAGUGCCGCUGCGCACCCGGCCGCACGGGCAAGCGUUGCAAUGUUGUGCUUGUCACCCCGGCCUCUUACCAGCCGUGCGAAUGGAAAGGCAUCGUGUACCCGGAAGGAAGUCGAUGGCAGGAAGACUGCUCCCUCUGCAGCUGCCACUCCGGAGCCGUGACUUGCAUUCCUAGCGCAUGCCCAGAGUCCGGCUGCGACCCAUCAGGACCGACAGAGCAGUGCCCACCAGGUGAAGUCUGCCUGUCAGGUCCACCCGCGGAGUCUUGCUUUGUGCGACCCUGCGCACAGGGUGGGCAGCCCCACGGCCACUGCGCUCCCCUGCUGCCGGGAUUGGCCAAUCAGUCGUCCAGCUGCCUCCCCAAUGCAGCCGAGCCCAGCAACGCUUGUGCCAAGAUCACGCUGCUCUUCGACCGCCGUGCCAUGGCACCAGGAAUCACGGUGGAAUCAGUUUGCAGCAACAUACGGAGACUAUCCGUCAGGCGCUCCAUCAUCAUUCUGUGCGCACAAAAGCUGACUGACGCCGACAGUAUUGAAGUGACAGUGUUCACGCCGGGUCAUCCAUCAGCAUCAACUUACGCAGCAGUAAGUGAGACGGCACGGUCCUUGGCUGAUGUGAUCAGCCGCAAGCUCACCAACCACACGGCGCUGUCUUCCGUUAUUGAAGUGAAGGUGGAAACGUCCUUCGUGGGCCUUGACCAGAAAAACACAGGCCGGAGCUACCUGCUCGCAGCAACAGUCACGCUGGUCGGAGUGGCCCUGCUGGGACUGCUGGCGGCAUUGACCGUCUGGUUCCUGCGCUCCCACCCGACACUGUGCCGCUGCCCACUGCGCGCGCCUGUGACGGGCGUCAUACCCAGCGUCAGCGGCAAGCUUGACGGUGGCACGCCUGAGCCCGACAAGUCAAACAACCAGAAUGAGGAGAACAUGCGGAGGUACCAGAACCCCCUCCGCGGCGCGACGAACGCAGACACCGCCGCCGCGGAAGCGACGCCGAGAGACGCGCGAAGUGCAGAGCUCUUCAAGCCGCCCUCACUGGCCGCCUCGAAAAACACAAACAGGCUGUGUGACGCCAGCCUCAAGCAGUGCGAGAAGGACAACCCGCUGAGUGCGCCCUGUCCCGUCAAAGUCUUUUCGGUGCCAGACGCAGACGUGGACACUGUUGUGGUGCUCGUGUGACGAUGCUAGGACGCUUGUGUGUGUGUGUUGUGGACCAAUAUGCUCAAAUGACAGUUACCAGCGAUGUUCGGUGACGGGGUGAGCGCUUGCCCCGCAACGUGGCCAGUCACGAUUCCCUCGUUGAAGAAAAUCUUGUCGGCGAAGCUGCAACAUUCAGUCGGCACCCUCCCUCAUUCGUAAAGGCGACAGAGGUCCCAGUGUUGCCGCCACGUGUCGUUGGCCGCCAGCGGGGCAGAUCCAAACAUUCCCAAUGUCGACAACACCCUAUGCCAACUCCCGACGACUCGAAAGUCGCAGACUUCUCACAAGGACAAUUCAUACAGGACGCUCUGACAAAGUGGUUCUGCCGCAUUAAGCUCCGAAGCAAACGAACGAGAUUCUUAGAAACAAGUGGCCACUGUGCUAGCACUUCCUGAAGUGCUGCACUGACAAUGCAAGCGCGCAGUGCAGCCCACUUUUUGCAUGCACACCUUAAACUCGCGGAUGUACAGUGUAUUCAUAUUUGCCAAGAAUGACGACGCGAAACUGCCGCCGCAGAACGAGUAAUUGGGUCAGAAGAAUGGCUUCGGCGUGGAAGCAAGCAUAGAUUAUCUGUAAAAGCAGUAUUCUGCACAAAGACUGCAGUGAUACUACAAAAUGUGUUCAUUUUUCAAAAUACUGUUCUUGCAAAGGUACAAGAAUACUAUAUUGCCAGCUUUCACCCAUUUCGACGCGGUGUUGCCAUUCCGUCGCAUCUUUCGACGUAGGUUUUACAAGACGACUAAAAAAUAAGUGCUCAGAAAACUAGUACGUUCAGCGUUGGCCUAGCGCACGACGAACCGUCGGCUUAGGACAUUUUUUUUUCUGCAUGUCUGUAGCGUAGUGAAUGUUUCACGUGUACAUAUGUAUAUAGUUAGCUCCGUAUGCGACGCGAGCACUGCAAACGCGGCAGUGUUCUGCACAUCGGGAGUGCCUAAUUUAUAAGGGAAGCAUGCAAUUUGCCCACCCCGCCAUUCUUUCCGGUCUUUUGCAAAGUGUACAGCCGAGAAGCUCACAAUUUCUGCCAGCCCUGCCAUUUACGUCCAGUACAAAUUACGUACAACUGGAUCACAUUCCAGCAAACAAGCUAUGAACAUACAUCACGUCCAAUGCAAGGUUCUAUAUGCUGGAUCAUGACAGCAACAAAACCGCUUUGGAAAAAACAAAUGAGGAUAGUAUUCAAUGCUAAUGCAAUUUUGCCAUAAUGUCUCUGAAACGCGACUUUACUCUUUAGGGAACAUGACUGUACUCUUUCACAGUGUUUAUCACAGUAGAAGUUCAUCUGACAUGGGAGUGACAAGGACAUGCAUUGCGUUAAGGCUCACUUCUAACUCGAGCGCAAAACCACGUCGCUUAGCCCCAUUGGAGACUAUUCUGGAACAUCACGUUCCACAUUUCGUUUGCUGCCAAUGUCGUCUGCGCAAAAUUGCCAUCAAAACUUCUCUCUUUAAUUGCCUUAACGCUCAUUCACACCUGCGACUAGAAUCGGUCGCACGACCAUUUGAGACUGGCAACCAAAAAGUGACUCAAGGCAACUGCUGUUCACAACUGCAUGCGACCUACACCCAUCGCCACACAGAAUUCACGGCCGCUCGUGUUGCCAUUGCCACAUAAAAUAAGCUGACGUCCUGUUCCUGCACAACUGAUUGGUUCAGAGGUUUGCAACUGCAGUCGCGCAACCGAAAAAUCGAGCCAUUAGCAACUGAGCCAAAGCAUUCACUUUGCGACAGAAGUGGCCAUUUGCAAUCCUUUGCGAUUAUAACUCGGUCGUGCGACCGGUGGUAGUCGCAAGUGUGAACGAGCCUUCGUAUUCUUCCCCGCAUGUGGACUAGCAAACUGGAUAGGGUCUUUAUUGCAAGAGAUUGGGGUGUCACUACACCAACAUAAGUCCGCCGUGUGAUUAUAGUGUUUGUACAAUAUGGUCCACAGUGUUACAUUUCUACUAUCAUCAGUGAGAUAUGGCGCAAGGAGUUGAAGACAAGUUAUGUGUAAAGAUAUGCGUAAAUGACUAUAUCAGGGGCUUCUUAUAGAUAGGGGCUAAACAAACUGUUUUAUUACGCGGCUUCCUUCCCGGUCCACUGUUUUUUUAACAGCGGACCAGACUGUACAUGGUGGACCAAUACAGAACAAGGAACUUUGUUCCAGUAUUAGAAGUCCUCGCUUUUAGCAGAAAGAAUGAAAAGGUACCAUACUGCACUUUAGCCGAUCCCAUUCCGACUGACACUUCUGCAGUUAUAUUCAAAUACCAAUGCGUUCCCUUUCAUACCGGUGAAGCCCGUACUGUUUGAUUUGUUACAAUGAGCAUGCCGAGGCAACAGUCGGUCCAGAGACCAUGUUUUCUUUCAUUCCCAUGGCGGUUGGAUGACUGCAGUGACAGACUUCCCUCCAGCAAGUCUAUGUAGAACUUGUGCUUAGUUUUUUUCUUUUUCCCGGGAUGUGCUUGAAAUGGCAGUCUGAGCAUGUGCGAGAGAUGUAAAAGCCUGAUGUGGUGUCUCCGACUAGCCCCACGGAUCUCCAGUGAAAAGUGCGUCCCCGUUAAGGAGCUUAGCUGCGGAGAGGGAUGCCACGGAAGAAAAACUCUAGUCUAGUCAAGAGUUUCCAUCAAAUGUUACGGAUGCCAAGUCCGCAACCCAUUUUACAGACAGCUCCGUAAGUGUGGCAAGGAAAAUGUCCGCUUAGUUUAGGGCUCUCUGCAAAUGGUUUGCGUGGAUACAUGUGGCACUAUGUUUAAUGGCCUAUGCUCAGAAGUGUGGAUAACAAAAAAAAUGUGUGUGUAGUUUUAUGCCAGCCUUGAACUGCUUGAUUGCAAAACAGCCUGUCAACGUGACUUUGUCCACUGAUGCCAAGCAUUAAAUAUGUUGCAAGCAAA